AUGGACGCGCUGCAUCCAGGCGCCGUGCCCAUGAAGAAGGUGGACUACAACGCCAAGAAUGAGUACGAGUACAUCAACAACUACAAGGUGCUGCAGGAGGUCUUCACAAAGCAGGGGAUAGAGAAGCACGUGGAGGUGUCCAAGUUGAUCAAGGGGCGGCCGCUCGAUAACAUGGAGUUCAUGCAGUGGCUCAAGACUUACUUUGACCAGCAGACCGGGGGCCGCGGCAUCAACGAUUACGACGGCGCAGCCCGCAGAGCGCUCUGCAAGACCGGGGAUGUUCGCGGCAGCGGCGCCGCCUCUGCGCUCGUGAGCCGCACCACCGCCGGCACUACCCCGACGGCGCCGUCGCCCGCGGCCUCUGCGACGCCGCACCACGGCGCAGCGAGCUAUGCUGGCCGCCUCCCUGGAGGUGGCACCGGCGCGGGUGCGGCGGCGGCUGCGGCCGUGGGGGGUGCGCAGCCGCCGGGGAAGCGUGCCCCGAGCCAGAAGCUCUUCACAGCCGGCAGCGGCAGCUUGAAGGCUGCCGCCAGCGGCGGUGGCGGCGGCGGCGGUGUGCGCUCGCGCGGGCCGUCGGACGACGGGGCGGUUGAGCAGCUGCAUGCGGAGGUGGCCACGUGGCGCUUGACGGCCGACACGGCCACCAAGGAGAAGGACUUUUACUGGUCCAAGCUGAGGGCCAUCGAGCUGCUGUGCAACACGUGCCCCGACGUGGCGGUGCUGCGCGUGGUGGAGGACAUCCUGUAUGCGCCCUCUCAGGAGGAGGGCGAGAGGCUGCUGGGGGAGGCCAUGGCAGACCUGGAGGCGCAGGGGCUCGCGGCCCCGGCCCCUGCGGCCCCAGAGGACGCGGCCGCUGAGGGCGCGUCGGGCGGCGACGGCGGGGCGGAGGGGGCGGAGGGGCAGGGCGGCGACGCGCUGGCGGUGGCGGCGCAGGAGGUUGGGUGCGCUUCUUGA